UCGCCGGAAGUUUGGUGUUUGCGUUGCGGGGGAGGCGGCGGCCGCAGCAAAAGCAGCUGAGUGUCUCCAGAUACCCGGAUGUGAGGGGAUCCGCUGGCUCCAGUCGGACCCUCUGCCAGGCAUAAGGAAGCAGAUUAUCCUACUUUGGCUAUAUAGCUGUUUUUUUUUUUUUUUUUAAAUUAAUUACUAAACAUACAUGAAGUGAUAAGGAGUAUCAUUCAUUAGAAGCAUCAUCAAUCAUCUUGAAGAAAAAGGUGAUACAUUUUUUCUUUAAGGUGCUGUGUAAUGUGUUAAGAGCAUAUAAUAAGGAAUGGUUUUGUCUAAUUUUCAUGAGUUAUGGUGGCUGAAACAUCAAGUCUAUCUUGUGGGGCAAAAACUAAAUGGCAGCACAAAAGGAAAUCUGUAUUAAUAGAAUAUUUUAUUGAACAAAAGAGGUUAAAUAAGAACUGCAAACCAACAGACGCAGCAAACAAGGAAAGAAACGUGUUAGCCAUAAGACAUGUUUCAAGUGAAUCGAAGUCCAAUAACUGUAGACUUCAGAAGAAAAAAGUUUUCAAAAAUUUUAUCAAAACAGGUCACUGAUAAAUAACUCCUCCAGUAAUAGGGCUAGGCCUGAAACCAAAAUUAAUUAAAAAAUUAGCGAAACAGAUUGAACCUGAAUUAAAUUUCUUUUCAUAAAAAAACUUGUUAAAAAUAAUCAAAUCAAAUUUUUCUCAAAAUUUUAUUACCUUGUCCAAAAUAAAGCAAGUAUCUUUUAGCAUUCAUGCCAGCUUUUCUCAUGUUCUAGGAAUGACAGAAACCUUACUUGAAGCAAACUAGUAUUUUUGUUGAAAAUGUGUAUCAGCAGCAGUUAAAGUUGAUUUUUCAGACCUGCUCCUCAGUAGUAAUAGUAGCUAAUCAGCAUUCACACCAACUAGGACACAAAAAUCCUCUUCAAAACUAUUCAGAAAAGAAAGUUGUUACUCAGGAAUGAUGUCCAUUCAGGAGAAAUCAAAAGAAAAUUCCUCCAAAGUUACUAAAAAAAGUGAAGAUAAGAAUUCAGAAACAGAAAUUCAGAUUUCUCAAAAGAAUCUAGCAAAAAAAUCAGGUCCAAAGGAAACUAUAAAAUCACAGGUUAAAUCUUCCAGCGAAAGUAAAAUAAAUCAGCCAGAAUUGGAAACACGCAUGAGUACAAGGUCAUUAAAGGCAGCAUCUACUGAUAAAGCCACUAAAUCCAUUAAUAAAAAUACGGUGACCGUGAGGGGAGAUUCACAACAAGAAUCUACAAAAAAGAAAUUAUCUCAGAAAAAAUUAGUACAUGAAAACUCUAAAGCAAGUGAGCAGCUUAACCGGCGAUCACAAAGGCUACAACAAUUAACAGAGGUUUCCGAAAGGUCUUUACGCAGCAGAGAAAUUCAGGGUCAAGUUCCAGCAGUUAAGCAGAGUUUGCCACCAACGAAAAAAGAGCAAUGUAGCAGUACUCAGAGUAAAUCUAAUAAAACAAGUCAGAAACAUGUGAAGAGAAAACUACCGGAAGUAAAGUCUGACUCUAAAGAAGAUGAAAAUUUAGUAAUUAAUGAAGUAAAUUCCCCCAAAGGGAAAAAACGCAAGGUAGAACUUCAGACAGCUUGUGCUUGUAGUUCUCGAUGCAUACAAGGAUCUGAAAAGUGUCCUCAGAAGACUUCUAGAAGAGAGGAAAUGAAACCUGUGCCUGUAACUUCUGAGGUAAAAAGAUCAAAAAUGGCUGCUUCAGUUGUCUCGAAAAGAAAUGAGACGAAGAAGUCGGUUCAUACACAAGUGAAUACUAACACAACACUCCCAAAAAGUCCACAGCCAUCAGUGCCUGAACAAAGUGAUAAUGAGGUGGACAAACGAGGUAGUAUUCUGCAGCUCUGUGAAGAAAUUGCUGGUGAAAUUGAGUCAGAUAAUGUAGAGGUAAAAAAGGAAUCUUCACAAAUGGAAAGUGUAAAGGAAGAAAAACCCACAGAAAUAAAAUUGGAAGAGACCAAUGGUGAAAGACAAGUACUUCAUCAGAAGGAAACAAAUCAGGAUGUGCAAUGUAACCGUUUUUUCCCAAGUAGAAAAACAAAGCCUGUGAAAUGUAUGCUGAAUGGAAUAAACAGCUCAACCAAGAAGAACUCCAACUGGACUAAAAUUAAACUCUCAAAAUUUAACUCUGUGCAGCACAAUAAGUUGGACUCUCAAGUAUCCCCUAAAUUAGGUUUAUUACGAACCAGUUUUUCACCACCAGCUUUAGAAAUGCAUCAUCCAGUGACUCAAAGUACACUUUUAGGGACAAAACCACAUGAUAGAAAUAGAAUUUGUCAGCAGGAAAAAAUGAAAGAAAUUAAUUCUGAAGAAGUGAAAAUUAAUGAUAUUACAGUAGAAAUUAAUAAAACCAAGGAAAGGGCUCCUGAAAAUUGUCAUUUGGCUAAUGAGAUAAAACCUUCUCCUGACCCACCAUUGGAUAAUCAGAUGAAACAUUCUUUUGAUUCAGCAUCAAAUAAGAAUUUCAGCCAGUGUUUGGAAUCCAAGCUAGAAAACAACCCAGUGGAAAAUGUUACUGCUGUUUCAACUCUGCUCAGUCAAGCAAAAAUUGAAACAGGAGAGAAUAAAUUUCCAGGUUCAGCUCCCCAACAGCACAGUAUUCUCGAUAACCAGACAUCUAAAAGCAGUGAUAGCAGGGAGACACCACGAAAUAAUUCUUUGCCUAAGUGUAAUUCCCAUUUGGAGAUAACAAUUCCAAAGGACUUGAAACUAAAAGAAGCAGAGAAAACUGAUGAAAAACAGUUGAUUAUAGAUGCAGGACAAAAAAGAUUUGGAGCAGUUUCUUGUAAUGUUUGUGGAAUGCUGUAUACAGCUUCAAAUCCAGAAGAUGAAACACAGCAUCUGCUUUUCCACAACCAGUUUAUAAGUGCUGUAAAAUAUGUGGGCUGGAAGAAAGAAAGAAUUCUGGCUGAAUACCCCGAUGGCAGGAUAAUUAUGGUUCUUCCUGAAGACCCAAAGUAUGCCCUGAAAAAGGUUGACGAGAUUAGAGAGAUGGUUGAUAAUGAUUUAGGUUUUCAGCAGGCUCCAUUAAUGUGCUAUUCCAGAACUAAAACACUUCUCUUCAUUUCUAAUGACAAAAAAGUAGUUGGCUGCCUAAUUGCGGAACAUAUCCAGUGGGGCUACAGAGUUAUAGAAGAGAAACUUCCAGUUAUCAGGUCAGAAGAAGAAAAAGUCAGAUUUGAAAGGCAAAAAGCGUGGUGCUGCUCAACAUUACCAGAGCCUGCAAUCUGUGGGAUCAGUCGAAUAUGGGUAUUCAGCAUGAUGCGUCGGAAGAAAAUUGCUUCUCGCAUGAUUGAAUGCCUAAGGAGUAACUUUAUAUAUGGCUCAUAUUUGAGUAAAGAAGAAAUUGCUUUCUCAGAUCCCACUCCUGAUGGAAAACUGUUUGCAACACAGUACUGUGGCACUGGUCAGUUUCUGGUAUAUAAUUUUAUUAAUGGACAGAAUAGCACGUAAAAUAAAUUCUUGCCUACACCACUAGAGGACAUUUAUUGAAGAGAAUGGAUUGGUUGCUGACUUUAACCAGGAACUAGGGCCAUUUUUAUUACAAUGAACUCAGGACUGGCAACAACCCUAUGGUUGUUCCAUUUUCAUAAAAUUGGAAACAAUGCAGUAAUAGCUUAUUGUUUUGUUUUUUAAAGAAGAUAUUUUAUUAUAUUUUACAGAAAUUUAUGAUUGAUGUAUUUUAUCUAUAGUUAUUUAGACAUGUUUACAUGCAGCAGAUAAUUGUUCAUAGUGGACUGAAAACUAAUGCAAGGACUAUGGUCUCAGUGAUAAGUAUAUUUUGAAGUUCUUAAUAUGGAAAUAUACCAGUGUAGCUUGGUACUGUAUUUUUUUAUAUUGAUCUGCUGAUACCAGUUAGAGGUUUAAAGAUUAUAUUUUCACAGAGUGAAAACCAGUUUUUUAAAAUUUUAUUGAGAUAGAAUCACACUCUGUUGCCCAGGCUGGACU